AUGAAUCAAUUUAUUAUAACUACUCAACCUACCAAACGACGAAAAGCAGUUUUAGCAUGUUUAAAUUGUCGGAAAUCUCAUCGUAAAUGUAUUUUACAAACUAAUAAUAAUCAAAAUUCAUGUCAAUCAUGUAUUGAUAAAUCAAUUGAAUGUAAAUGGACAUCUCAACAAUCACAAAAAUAUAGUACUACUACUAGUAUUAGUAAGAAGAAAUUUGAAAGAUUUAAACAAGAAGAACAAAUAUAUUCUACUGUUGUUGCAUCAGAAAAUCACCAUCACCAACAAUUGGGUGAUGGUGGUAGAGGUGGUGGUGGAGGUUGUGGGAAAUUUCAAUUUAUAUGUUCAACUCAUCCAAUAGCUUCAUUUUUAAGUACUGAUAAAUUUUUAUGUUUUGAUGGUGAUAAAUUUGGAUUAUUUAAUCCUUGGAGAAGUUCACCCAAUAUUGAGACUAAUACUAUUACUACUGGUUCUACUGGUUCUGCAAUUGAAGAUGAGAAUCCAAAUUUAACUGAAUAUUUAAAUCGAGAAGGAGCUUUCAUAUUACCACCAAUUAAUGAACAACGACAAUUAAUGGAAAUUUUUAUUAAUAAAAUAUAUCCAUUUUUCCCUGUUAUAGAUAUUUGUGAUAAAGAUUCAUUAAAUAAAUUUUCACCAUUAUUAUUAAAUUCAAUUUUUUUAGUUGCAUCAAGAUGUUUAUCAAAUGAAAAUAAUAUAAAUAUAAAUAUAAAUAUAAGACAACGAUGUCAAGAAUUAUUUGAAAGAUGUAAAUUAUUAGAACUUAAUGAAAAUAAUAAAAUUGCUUUAAUUCAAUCAUUUUUAUUGAUGUCAAUUCAUGAAGAAGGUAUAAAUGGAAGUUCAUUAUCUAAAGAAUAUAUUACUAGAGCUUGUAAUUUAUGUGGAGAUUUAGGUAUUACUACAUUAAGUGGAUCAAAUGGAACAGUUCAAGAUACUCAACAUCGAGUUUAUAAAAAACUUUAUUAUGGAGAAUCUAUUUUAACAAGAUUAUUUUGGAUUUCUUAUUGUUGUGAUAUAUUAAGUGCUGCUACUCAUGCAAGAGAAGUAUAUUAUAAUAUGAAUGAUGUAUUUAUUGGUGAUGUACCUAAAGAAUUUCCUGAAUUGACAAUAUUUGUUGAAUUACUGACAUUACUUUAUCGUACUUUGGGGAGUCAUUAUCGACCUCAUAAAGGUAGAAUUAUUGAUGAAAAAUUAUCCACUGAUAUAAUUAAUUGGCAAUCAUCAUCAAUAAAUCAUCAUCCAUGGUUGAAAUUAUUACAUUCUUAUAUUUGUAUGAUAAAUUUACGUUGUGAAUUAGAUCCUAUAACAUUAGAUCCAAUAGUGGUGAAAUCAUUACAUGAACAAUUUAUUAAUGUUGCCAAAUGUGAUCCAUUUUGGUUUAAAUUUCAUAUUGUUGGUGUCCAUAGUUUAUUACAUGUAACUUCAUUAUUAAAUGUUUUAGGAAAUGAUAAUGAUGAUCUAAAUAAUAAUAUUCGAAAAUCAUUGGAAGAUUUAAAAGAAAUAUGGUGGCUUGCAGCUUCUGGUCUUAAAUUAUUUGACAAGUAG